GGCAGGGCACGUGCCCGCAGUAGCCAUGGCGGCCGCGGCGCCCGUCCCCGCCGCCUUCCGACUCUUGCCCACAGUCAAGAUGGCGGCCUGCAGCCUCGCCCAAUAGUGGAGCGCACGCCUGCCCUUCCCGCCCGCCACCCCCGAUUGGCUGCCAGUAUGCAAAAUGGCGGCGAGGGCACUUCCCGGAAGUGGCCGUCGCCACCCGCAGCCAAGAUGGCGGCGUACGAGAAGAGGCGGGCGGCGGCCGCCCCGGCCCCGAGCAGCGGGCUGGCAGAGCCGACUGGGGCGGCGGACGGUGGGCUGGAGAGCGAGGCGGAGUUCCUACUGCGGGCCGGCGUCACCGCCAUGGUGCGGGAGGCGCUGCUGAAGGUGCUGGAGGCGCGGCCCGAAGAGCCCGUCUCCUUCUUGGCCGACUACUUCGAACGGCUGGUGCUGAGCAGCCCCGGUGCGACGGGAGAGUCCUCCGCCGAGCUCCCGGGGCCGCCGCAGCGCCUGGCGCGGGCCCUGUGGUACGUGCGCCUGGCUCACCACUCCCACAGGACGGCCUUCGACAGCAAUGCUGGUGCAGCCUACGAGGUGCUGGGCGCUGGUGGAAGGCGACGGAAGGCCGGUGUGGAUGGGCGGUUGUACAGCGAGCUGCUGCGGCGCAUCUGCCAGCACGGGGGAGCACCAGCCGAGGCGGCGGCCGCGUUGCUGGGCCGUGUGCGCUGUCGCGACCAUGAAGCCGUACCCUUUGAUGUCUUCCGAUACGGUGUCCUCACCUGCUUUGUCCUCCUGGAGUUCGCUGCCAAGGCUGAGGCACUCUUCACAGUCCUGGAUGGCGGUCGCGGCGCUGCCGAUGGGAGGCUCUGCCAGGCGGUACUGCGGGCACUGGAGGAGGCGCUGGGCACUGGCCACGUUCCCCUCCCCAGCCGCUACCUGCAGGCGGGCUCCAAGCUGGGCCCGGACGGGCUGGCCUUGGCCAUGGACCGGGCGCUGCAGGAGAGGAAGUUGGGUGCUUCCAUGAGCAAGGAGGAGUUCCUGAAGAAAGCCACCGCCUUGUUUGUUGCUAAAGUGAAGCCUGUGGAGUAACACCUGGGUGGCAGCACCGCAGAUUGCGGCUGCUUUAAACCCCUCAGUGCUCCACGCAGAGCCGUGUGCGUGGAGGGAGCUCCAGAGCCACUCUGGGUGCAGCUUGGGUGCUGCCUGGAGCACUCAGGUCUGCCCAGAGAGAUAUUCCCCGUUCCCAUGGACCUCCCCUGUUGAUGGGUGCCCAGCUGCUCCAGCAGGAUGAGUCCCUCUCUGCUGCGCCUCUCCUGGCUGCAGCUCCUCAGACCCAGCUGGCCUUAGGAAAUCUUUUUUCGGCGUUAACUGAGGACUUGUCAGGAGGCCGAUAACCGCAGGGCAGUGACAGCUGUUAAAAAUGACCCAGAAUGAGGUAAACGUGGGGUUGCACCUCCAGACAUCCAGCAGCUCUGUCCUAGCUCCAGCAGUGUCGCGUCUCACAGCUUCCGCAGGGAACGUUGUGGCUGCUUUGGGGUUCGUUUCGUGCCUCCCUGUGAACUGAGGGGCGAUGUGUAUCCCUGUGGCUGCCAUCUUCCCGGUAAACACGGGGCUGAUCCGCAGUGGGGGACAAAGCGUGGUGCUAUUAGGCAAAAUGAUUGAAACGCGGAGCAGAUAAGAAACGCCUGAGUGGGAGGAAAACCUCAGUGGGAAGGGCCGCGAGCAAGAGCUGCUCAGCCAUGAGCCAUCUCGGCUGCCUCCUUGCCACACGGUUGCCCAACCACCUCUGGCCGCUGCUCUCCAGGCACUGGAGAUCAGAGCUCAUAGCUGAGCAAGGACUUCUGUAUAUUCCGUGAUGAUUUGGGACAUGGAGCACUGGAUCAAGGCAAUUGCUACUCCCCGAGGCCGAGGUUUGCUUCUGAACAGAGAUAUGUGCUGAAACGUGCUAUUUAUUUGAACCUGUGUUAAUUAUUUAUAAUUCUCAGUUUACUGGAAGACAUUAAAGCUUUU